AUGUCCACCCCAGACUCGCCCUCCGCCCGCAGACCUUCCUUCGGCGCCGGGAUCCUUGGUUCAUCCGUCGAACGCAACGGAUCUGACUCUCAAUCACCCAAGCAUGAUCGCGCCAGCAUCAGAAGACCGAGUAUCGAUCCGGCUAGAUUGGGCGGCAUGCAUGCUCUCACGCCGAGUCCACAAGUCGUCAAAGAAAUGCGAGCCAUGAACCUCAAAGGCCAUUAUAACGUCCUCUUCAUCGGCGCUGGUAAUAUUAACUUUGGAAGUGACCAAGGGCCAUGGAAUCAUUCGGUUCGAUUAGAGCACAAAUUGCAGACCCGUCUACGGGUGGUAGGGAUCGUAGACCCGGCGAUCGACCGAGCCAAACAGGUGAUCAAUGUGAAAUGUGCGACGUUUGUCGAGGCGGCUUAUAAGGAUGCAAGACUGUGUAAAGACUUGGACGAGUUUGCUAAGACGAUCUCGGACUCUGAGACGCCUCAUGCGAUCGUCAUCGGCAGUCCGGCUCAGUAUCAUGGUAGUAAUCUACCCGGUCAAGACUUGGAACUGCAAUGCUUGAAGCACUUCCCCGAGGCCGCUCUAUUCGUCGAGAAGCCAAUCUCUUGUGCUCCCGUUCCUGCUUGUUACGCCUUAGCCGACAUCCUCGACAAAAAACAAUCAGUCGUCUCGGUCGGUUAUAUGUUGAGAUAUCUCCAGGUUAUCCAACAAAUGCAACGUAUUAUUGCUGAGACUAGGAAGCCAGUCAUGAUGGUCGUCGCUCGAUAUGUGUGCAGUUACGCUAAAAUCAAUAGUGAGGUGUGGUGGAAUAAGUCGAAGAGUUUGGGUCCGAUCGUCGAACAGGGAACCCAUCUUGUCGACUUGUGUCGAUAUUUCGGUGGAGAAGCUAUCUUGGAUACUGUCCAAGCCACCUCGACCGAGCAUUAUGAGGAGGCUGGAAAGCUAGAGAUGAUCCCGAUCGACGAGUCCAAAAUCCCGGUGGACGAUCGAUUACCUAGGACCACUUCCGCAAUUUGGAAAUUCGAUACCGGCGCGGUCUGCUCCUUCUCUCAUGCUUUGACUUUACAGGGCACAAAAUACUCAACCGAGUUAGAGGUCUAUUUGGAUGGAUGGCAGAUGAAAGUCGUAGAUUUAUAUAAUGAACCGACCUUGUUUGUGCGAUCUCCGGAAGCGGAUGCCGAGCAAAAGAUCAGCUUCCCCUCCGAUGAUCCGUACUUUAGUGAGAUCUCGGCUUGGAUCGAUGCCAGUGAACACAGCCAUCAUGAUCCUCUUAAUGGAUCGGCUAUCGCGGAGGACGACGAGAAGGAUAUCCCAAAUGGGAUCCUCAGUUCUUUUAGAGACUCUUGUGGAACUUAUGCUCUCACUUGGGCUAUUAAAGAAGCGUCUGAACGGGCCAAGAAAACUGCCUCUAAACCUACCCAAUAA